CUGAACCGAUGUUUAGCUUCUGGAAUUGGUUAAUUGCCAUGUUUUAGAUUAUUCACAUUGUAGUCCCGCCUUCUGAGGAUUUACACCAAUCGGAGCCUAACUUCCGAAGUGACCGCUGAUCAGGAAGACAUCUGGCGCUAUCGUGAAAGCUGGUGUCGGCUACCUGCCGGGUAUGCCAUUAUUCCAGCUGUAACAUCUGCAGUAUGGCCCAUGAUUUCUGCCUCGACACAGGCUUGGACACAAUUCAACCUUGACAUUUAACGUUAGCCUACAAUACCAUUGUGUUCGAGAAUAUUCGUGGGAGCAUCUCAGGGCACCAUUCCAAGCGGAGCACUCUAGACCACAACGAACUUCAUAACAACAAUGAUUGGCCUGAAAUACCAUGUUUCCCUACCUGUGGCUGCCGGUGCCUUGUUAGUUGGGAUUCCUUACAGCAUUUCACUUGUCGCUCAGUGGCUGUAUGGGUGGCCUAAUAAACCAGGUUACAAGAAGUACAUUGAGGGUCUGAAGCCCAGGCGCAUAUACGGCCUCUCUAGGGCAGUACUGGAAAUGCUGAAAUACUUCCAGUAUGGCAGACUGUAUUUCCAGUGGAAGUCUUGGUACAAGAAUGUUAACAACGACAAGCAUUAUGUAAAAGGUAUCACUUUUGGUCGCAGGGGCAAGGAGUUGGAUUUAUACCAUUCUCCAAACAUGGAUCAGCAUAAAGUUGUACCUGUGGUCGUGUUUAUAUUUGGUGGUGCUUGGGGGUCAGGAGAGAGAAGCACGUACUGUCUGCUUGCUAUACAAAUGGCCAAGGAACUCAAUGCCAGUGUGGUUUGCCCAGAUUAUUCCACCUAUCCGGAGGGGAAUGUGUUAAAUAUGAUCGAGGACAUAUCAGACACCCUACUAUGGGUGAGGGAGAAAGGACAUCUGUUCAAAAUUGACAAGGACAACAUAGUGUUAAUCGGCCACUCCGCCGGGGCCCACCUCUGUGCUCUGACCACACUUUUCCUGAUUGACGGAGCAGAGGAGCUUGGUAUAGAGGCAGCUAAACAGGAAAAAAUGACUUCAGCAAUCAAGGGAAUCGUGGGGUUAAGUGGAGUUUAUAACAUCUUGGACCAUUAUCAACAUGAAAGAAUGCGUGGGGUGGAGUAUGUCUCAACAAUGCACAAAGCCAUGAAUGGAGUGCAGAACUUUAGUUAUUACUCACCUACUCAUGCAAUUAAAAAACUUGAUGAAGAAAAAAUAAAAAGAGUCCCUCCCUUUGGCUUGCUUCACGGAACCAAUGACAUCAUAGUUCCGGAGGAGUCAUCGGUGAAAUUCUCCAAACUCCUGACUUCCCUUUCUGUGAAAUCGUCUCUCUACCUGCUGCCUAAAAUGGACCACACAGAGAUAGUUACUGAUCUGAUGGCGCCAAACAGACAUUUCUAUCACACUCUCUAUGGCUGUAUCAAACAGGAGUACAGUAAAUUCAUUAAAACAUGCUAAAUCGUUCCUCCUCCACAAAUCAACCAAGUGCUGAAUUUGUGUCUUUUUCUGACAUAGACCAUUUUGUUAACAACUUGCUUUUCUACCUAGUGCUGUAUUAAACUUCAUUGUCAUUUCUUUACAGACAUUCUUUUUACAGUUUUACACAAAGAUAUCCUGUUGACAUGUUUACCCCUCAUGUGUGAACAAGAGAUACUAUUAAAAUCUUAUUUGCAAAAAGA